AUGUCUUCCAACGUCGGCUCCCGCAACAUCUACGAGGCUGGUGACCAGAGGAACUACGCCCAGUCCGAGCUCAACACCGGCGCUGAGCGCUUCCACGAGGGCCAGGUCCACAGCCACCAGGCUCUUGACUCCAAGGAUGAGCGUUCCAUUGCCAACAAGCUCGCGCGUGAGGAGAAGCGCAAGCACGAGCCCGUCCCCAAGGACAUCGAGCAGAUCCAGUACGAGAAGGACGCGACUUUGCCCGCCAGAGCCCACGGCAACGAACCUAGCCGGGGCGCGGAGGUUGAUCAGCAGCUGCGCGAGGAGGAUGAGCAGAUGCUGAAGAAGAAGGGCGCUUGGGGCUCCAAGCAGUAA